AUGGUCCUACUUCAACUUGCACUGGCGGUGGUUGCAGUCGCCAGCGGCGCAGCUCGCAACCAAGUGGUGGACUUGGUCUCCGCUGCAGUCGACACUGCGGCCGUCAAGUGCGCCAAGGAGCCUUCGCAGCGCGUGGACUGCUACCCGGCCAGCGCCAACUUCCCCGAGCCGACGGAGGAGCUGUGUCUGGCCCAAGGCUGCUGCUGGAAGAGUCUGGAGAACGAGGGCGUGCCCUGCGCCUUCGCCGUGGAGGAACCGCCGUCCAGAGCCAAGUGCGCGAACGUGGCCAAGCCCUCGCGUCUGGCGUGCCGGAACCCGAGAUUCGCCUCGCCCGAGGUGCUGGAAGACCAAGAGGCCUGCGAGUCGGCCGGCUGCUGCUUCAACGAUGGAGACUGCUUCCAGCCCUUGAGCGACGGGUACGAGCUGCUGACGCUGGACGAGACCAGCAACGGCUGGAGCGGGACGCUGGCGCUGCGUCAUGGGGGUCGUGGACCCUUUGGCAAUGAUGUGCCGCUGCUGGAGCUCAACGUGGUGCGAGAGUCGUCGACCCAACUGCGAAUCCGCAUCACCGACCCAGCGUUCCCCAGAUAUGAAGUACCAGAUCUACCCGUUCGUCGACAAGAGCAAGGAGGCGAGGUGGAGGGGGAUACUGGCAAUGAGAGCGACUACGAAGUGCACUUUACCCCAUGGCCGUUUGGAGUUGCAGUGACUCGGCGUUACACUGGAGAGGUGCUGUUCAACUCGACGCCGCCCAUUGAACGCGAGGACGAUUGUGCGAGCUUCAGCGGGCUGGUGUUCGAGAACCAGUUCCUCGAGUUCUCGACGCAGCUAGCGCAGCCUGAAGACGGCAACGAGCCGAUUCUUUAUGGGCUUGGUGAGCGUGUGGGACCCGCGCGACUUCAUGCAGACGAAGGAGGUGAUCUCUACCCCAUGUUCGCACGCGCGCCUAAUGUGACGGCGCCAGUUCAUACCCGCAGUGGCGGGGACAACUUGUACGGAGUCCACCCCUUCGUCCUUCAGCUGGAGGAUAGUCAUUCAGGCAGUGCGCAUGGCGUGUUUGUGCUCUCGUCGAAUGCAAUGGAAGUCGUGGCACGUCGCGAGGCUCUCACGUACCGAAUCACGGGCGGCAUUCUUGACAUUUUCGUGUUCGCUGGGCCAACGCCCCAGGAUGUCAUUGCGCAGUACACGGAUAUUGUGGGCCGGCCGGCGAUGCCGCCGUACUGGGCGUUGGGCUAUCACGUUGGUAGACGCGGAGGGGAUGAAUCGUCGGUGGAUGAUGCCGUGAAGGUCGUCACGCAGCUUCGUAUGGCAGGCGUGCCGAUGGACGCGUACUGGCAGGACAUCGACUACAUGGCUGACAACGGACGAACUCUCUCCUUGGACGAACGCAGCUUCCCCCACCGUGAUAUGCGUGCGUUCAUCGACGACCUGCACUUCCACAGCCAACACUUCAUAUGUGUCCAAGUCCCAGCCAUCACGUCCUCGAAUUCGUCCAGUGGUCAACACGGUGAGAACAUGGCGAGGUAUAGUUGGGAUCCACUGGCCCGGGGUGAAGAACUCGACAUUUUCGUUAAGGGCGUGAAUGGCGAACGGUAUGCACAGAAGGCAUUCAAGUCGGGUUGGGCCGUAUUCGUGGACUUCUUCCACCCAGAAGCCUCGCGGUUCUGGCAUGAACAGCUCGCCAAAUUUCACAAGUAUGUGCUUCCAUUUGACGGUUUGUGGCUGGAUAUGAACGAGCCGAGCAGCACAUGUGACUGCGACCUUGCAGCUGAAGACGAUGUUUGCGCUAGGAUGUGCGGUGAUGGUCAUCCGACGGAAGAAGGUACCCCGAUGAAGCUGGAAGAGAUUGCUGUUGGAGGAGAUGGCGGGUUUAUUCGCACACACGACGUGAAUUUCCCUUUCGACCCGUAUCGGCAGCCAUUUGCUCCGGGGCAGAACGAGCCUCGACAAGGUGGUCAUGGAAAUUUGAACUCGGCUACGCUCCCCAUGGCGGCACUGCACCAUUCGUCGCUGCACUACAACCUUCACUCGCUCUAUGGUCACGCGCAAGCACGAGCUACCCGUCAAGCGCUGGAUAAAAUCGUCCGGAAGCGCAGUGUGCUGCUUUCUCGCUCGACAUUCUCUGGGACUGGUAAGUACGCAGGUCACUGGUUGAGUGACAACGCCAAAGCAUCUUGGGAGCAGCUCCGGCUUUCGAUUUCUGGCACACUGCAGAUGAAUUUGCUCGGUAUUCCGCUUACGGGUCCCAAUGUAUGUGGAUCACGCGGUCGGUCUUCGACGGAGCUGUGCGUGCGCUGGCAUCAAGCCGCUUCGUUUCUUCCACUGCUUCGCAACCAUGCUGAAAAUGACCAAGGGAAGCAGACUCCAGUGGACUUUGAUGCUGAUGCGUUGAACAUUUUGCGCUCGACGCUGCUGAGACGCUAUCGGUACCUUCCGUACAUGUACACGCUGUUCUACGAGGCACAUCGCACGGGGAGUCCCGUGGUUCGCCCGCUAUCGUUUGAAUUCCCGGGCGACAAAAGCGCUCGGGACAUCGAGCACCAGUAUUUGCUGGGUCCUGCGCUGAUGGUGUCGCCGGUGGUUCACGAGGGUGCUAUCUCGAACCAGGUGUACUUCCCUGAUGCUACCUGGUACGAUGCGCAUAGUGGGAAAUUGGCGCUGGAUCCUGCUGCUAGCGAGAAUCGACGCGUGAGUCUGCUGACCCCGUUGCCGAAGCUGCAGGUGCAUCUUCGAGGCGGCUAUAUUGUGCCAACGCAGCAAUCGCUCACGACAACUGCGCUGUCGCGACGUGGAGCGUUCACACUUCUAGCAGCGCUCAACACAUCCGAGAAGAACCCCGAAGCUUUUGGAGAGCUGUACGUGGAUGAUGGCGACUCGCUCUCAGCUGUGGAAGACCAUCGCUACUCUUUGGUACGCUUUGGAGUGCUCCAGAACUCGAGCAACACGAUCGAGUUCAAAAGCACAGUCAAGUUCAACGGGUACGCGGGCCCCGAGAUGCAGGCUGACCUGAACGAGGUUCGAGUGUACGGUGUGCGUGGAGAUGGCUUUGCCGCCAAUUCGUCGAUGGAAUCAACGCUUGUGGCGUCCAGUGGUGACGGGCCCCCGAAGCAGCAUUCAGUCAAGGCCGACUACUUUGCGCAGUCCAAUAUGCUGGUUCUAUCGCGCCUCGACAUGCGCAUUGGGCAGGAAUUCCACGUCAAGGUGACCGCAAAGCCUGCUGCAGCACCCGAAGGUGAGAAGAAGGGGGCUAAUGGCAAGCCAGUUGGCGCCAAUAAUUCCGGGAAAUCGGGCAGCGGAGAGAAAGAGGGGGGAGCAGAAGGCGGGGGCGAAGGCAAGGCGAAGCCUUCCGAGACGACGAAGAAGUCCAACAAGUUUUCAGUCACUGGGAUCGUCGGGAUUGUCGUGGGGUGCGCCUUCUUGGCUGCGAUCAUCUUGGUCUUUUUGCUCCGUUGGCGUCGCCGCCGCGAGUACAACAUUAUUUGA